AUGAGCCAGCGCGCGGCGAGGGCCAAGAAGCAGGGCAAUCCAGCGGGAGCUGAUUACUUGGAUCCAAACGACGUAGUCAGCUCAGAUCAAUCUGUCAGCCCUGCAGCCGACGGCACGGCAGCGCGGCGCCGCGGCGCCCCAGCAGCAGCAGCAGGGCGUGCCCGGCGCGGUUCGGGGCGCCCCGCCGUGACGGAUGCUGACGACGAAGACUAUGUCGGCGAAGUGUUUUCGGAUGCCGAUCUCAGCGAGGACCUGGGGGACCCAGAGGACAACGCGGGGAACGGCGCUGGCAACAGCAGCGGCCCCAACAUCAGCCCUGGCGGCAG